AUGGAGUGCCUCUUUGGAAUAACCGGAAAAGACUACACCAUCAUCGCCGCUGACACCACAUCAGCUCGCAGCAUCGUCGUCAUGAAGGGCACCGAAGACAAAUCACGCGACCUCAACGAUCAUACCGUCAUGGUCUUUUCAGGAGAACCAGGCGACACUGUCAACUUUGCAGAGUACAUUCAACGCAACAUUAAGCUCUACAAAAUUCGAAACGAUACCGACUUAUCACCCAAAGCUGCUGCUACGUUCACACGUCGAGAACUUGCUGACUCCCUUCGAAGCAGGCAUCCAUAUGCAGUCAACAUGUUGAUUGGAGGCUUCAAUACAAAGACACAGGAGCCUGAAUUGUAUUGGGUGGAUUAUCUCGGUGCUAUGGUUCGCUUGCCAUUCGGUGCUCAAGGCUAUGGUGCCUACUUUUGUACUUCAUUGAUGGAUCGCUAUCAUCAUGCGGACAUGGAUCUUGAACAAGGCAAGCAAUUGUUGCGUCAAUGCAUCCAAGAACUCAAGACUCGAUUCAUUGUCAAUCUACCGAGAUUCAUGGUCAAGGUUAUAACAAAGGAUGGUAUUCAGGAAAUUGAGCUAUAG